ACCUCUUUAUCUGAACCUCCACCACAGUUUUGCUCGUCAGUGCACUUGACCAAAUAUAAACUUCAUGUUUCUUGGCAAGUGGACAAACUGCAUAGGGGAGGAGUCUUGCCGUUCUGGCCAGGACAGACUGAAGGACAAACAGCCAAAGGUGCAAAGUGAAAAAGGGAAACAGGACUCAUUUUUUUUUUAAUAAGAAAGGGAGAGAAGGAACAUAGACUGAAGCGAAAGAUGGCUUCAUCGCCUGCUCGUUUGCUGGUCCGCAGAGCCUUUGCUGCUGCAGCAUCUCAUGAAAGUCAUGAAGGAUCAGCGAAAACCUGGAAGAUCCUAUCAUUUGUCCUGGCUCUGCCUGGAGUUGGUGUGUGCAUGGCCAAUGCUUACAUGAAGAUGCAAGCACAUGCUGGUCACCCACAGCCUGAGUUUGUGCCCUACCCUCACCUGCGCAUCCGCACCAAGGCCUGGCCCUGGGGUGAUGGCAACCACUCUCUCAUCCACAAUUCUCACACCAACGCUUUACCCACUGGUUACGAGGGCCAUGACCACUAAUCACAGUGCCCCCUUGUGUCUAGCAGAAACCUUACGUUCACUCCUCCAUUGUGAGCUAGUUAGCUCUCUAUGACAUAGGCACAGGGACCAAUCAAAGGGAUACAAAAAUGACAGGAAUAAAAUCCUUCCUUUUGUCUUUACUUGCUUAAAUGUAACUGGUGUUGUGGAACAUCCUUUGUUUUCCUGAAAACAUUACUGUAUAUCGCUAAUAAAAAUCAAAAUGAAUAGAAAA